GCCAUUGUGCGUACGACGUUAGUUUCGUUGGUUAUGACGAUACGUUAAACUCGUAAUUUCUUUUUGACUAUUUCAAAUACUUUAUUAAAUCAUGUCUGUCAUUGAUGAAUAUUACAUAGUCGUCCUUCGAUUAGUGAAGGAAGCCGGUUCGAUCGUGAGAGAAAAAAUUAAUCAACCUAAGGAUGCAAUGAUGAAAUCUUCCGAAGUCGAUCUCGUCACUGAAUGGGAUCAAAAAGUCGAAAAUCUGUUGAUGCAGGGAAUAUCAUCCAAAUUCCCAGAUCAUAAAUUUAUUGGUGAAGAGACGAGUGCACUUGGGACUAAAGUUGAACUCACGGAUGCUCCAACAUGGAUCAUUGAUCCGAUCGACGGCACGAUGAACUUCGUGCACAGUUUGCCCCAUACUUGUAUAUCAAUUGCACUACUUAUUAACAAAACCACAGAAAUUGGUAUAGUUUAUAAUCCAAUUUUAGAACAAUUGUUCACUGCACGUAGAGGUCAGGGUGCAUUUCUAAAUGGAGCCCCUAUUCAAGUUUCGGGGGAAAAAGAAUUACGUAAAGCGCUUGUAAUGAUGGAAAUGGGUACAAGCAGAGAUCCAGAAAAAGUGAAAAUUGUAUUGGAGAAUGCAAACAACCUCACUCCACUAGUUCAUGGAAUACGAGCCUUAGGAUCUGCAGCUCUAAAUAUGUGUAUGGUUGCUUUUGGUGGAGCGGAUAUUUCUUUCGAGUUUGGUAUCCACGUUUGGGAUAUCGCAGCUGGUGAUAUCAUCGUAAGAGAAGCUGGUGGAGUGUGCAUAGAUCCAGCAGGCGGACCAUUUGAUAUAAUGAGUAGAAGAGCCUUAUGUGCGUCAACAAUGGAGUUGGCACAAGAAUUAGCCAAAGUAUUAGUUCAGUAUUACCCUGAACGUGAUUAAAGAUUAUAUGGAAAGUAACAUAAAGAGAUACCUUCAAAAAGGGACCUUGUUAUA